AUGAACACGCAGACCCUGAGGAUCUGCACUUCAUGUAAAGUAUUACGACGGAAGGACUGCGACGGAAAGACCCCUUCAUGCUUGAACUGUAUCAAGAGAAAGCGGGAAUGUAUCUAUCAGACAGAUAGCGACAAGCGAAGACGAAAAUACCAUACAGAUUAUACCCAAUACCUUGAAAAGAAGAUACAAGUCCUUCAAAAAUUUCUUUACAAACAUGAUCCGCAGCUACAACUGGGCGAAAACAGCGAAGAAUCUGAAAACAGGUUUUUGAGGCGGGUAGAUGAGGAAGCAAAACUGACCACCCUUCUCAAUGACAUGGAUGACUUGAGCCUCGACAACUCGCCGGAGCCUGAUUUUCAGUACGAGGAUUUCGGGCCUUUGGUCGGGGUUGCAGGACUCAACGUGUACUAUAUUGAUCCAAUAUUCAAGGCAGAACUGCUUUCGCUAUUCCAGAAACACUGUUCCGAGAUCACCUAUGCUAUCAGCCUGACGUUACCCACCAUCGAGACAUGGGAUUUUUCCACAGACACGUAUCCAUCCCAUCAGCUUCUUAUGCUCACCGUGUAUGGGGUUGCUUGCUUAUAUUCUAAGAAUCCGCAUGCAUCCAAAAUCAGCAAAUUAUUGAUAAACCAGGCUGCGCAAAUCGCAGUAUAUGCGUCGAAAUUCAACUUGGACGAAUACUUGCUACAGGGCCUUCUGCUUCUGUCAUGCUACGAAAUGGGCCUGGGCAAUGACUCGAUGUCUUACUUGUACAUUUCGAUGGCAUGUUCGCUGACCCAGCAUAUGGGGCUCCAUAUAUCGUAUGACGAGCAUUCUUCCGCAGCCAAGUUUGCACCACGAACCACUCCAUUCCAAUCUGCACUUCUGUGGUCUAUCUGUACACAGGAUAGAAUUAUCACAUCAAGAAUCGGUGUGCCGUCUUGCAUUCACUUCAAGCGAAUUAUCUCCCCCGUCUAUGAAGUGCAACUCUCGCCGCGCAAUCCCAGAUAUCUGGAAGAGCUCUGUUUUUGCUACACGACUCGUGUGUGGUAUAUCAUGGAUAGGUUCACAGACCAAAUAUGCUCCAUACAAGGUGAUUUAGGUGAUACCCAGGAACGAGGAAAGCUGCUCAAGACCGCAGAGCUUGCGUUCCAGACGCUGAAAAACUCACUUCCACCGCCAUUCAGAGCUGAAGAACACUCCAAAAGCUACCACAUACUAAUGUUCCAGCUUAAUUACGAAGCAUGUGUGGUCUUGCUACACAGACUAUUUGUUGACGAUCCCUUGAGCAGCAACAAAUGCGUUGCCUCAGCCACAGAAAUUACGCGACUGAUUCGGAUUCUACUAGAAACAGGAGACAUCCAAAGAGCCUCCUAUCACUUUGCCUUCAUUUGCUAUUUGGCAGCAAUGAUACAUCUGGUUCUGUAUUCCGAGAAGCUACGUCCAGAACACUUACUCCACCUAGAAACCUGUGUCACCGCGUUGGACAUUUCAGGACAACGAUGGAAAAGGGGUGCACAGCAGUUGGAAAUGCUACGUGAGUUUUCGCGAAGCCGCGGAAUCAAUGUUCCAAUUCUAGAAAUGCUCUCGUCCAAAUGGACAGAAUUUUAA